AUGGAUUUCGAGCGCUACUGUAUUCGGAAAGUGGUGUGUGCUUUCGCGCAGACAGUGGGUCCAGCGCGCGGGGCGUCGCGGAUCAGGAAGGUUCUCAUGGCUGAGGUCGUUCCCGCCAAGGCUGAUACUCCCGCCGCUCUUCCUCCCGAUCUUCCUGCCGGUUCCGACUUCGCCGCCCCUUCGGCCGCGGUCGGUACUGCGGCUAAGAAGAAGGCGGUCCAUCGGUCACAAAAGGCGACGGCGGCCAUGGUGGUUGAGCAGAUCGCGGAGGUGGUGGCCGCCACCAAAGAGCGACAGGCUCCUAAGCUGGGCGGUGUGAAGAAACCCAUCUCGGCCGCUGGCUACGAGGCGGACAAGGCCGUCGCCCGCUCCAACCUGCCGGCCGACACCUUGCCUAACAAGGGUUCCACUGUGGAAGGCACUGUCGCCGGCAGCUCCGCUUCCGCUCCCCACCCGGAUCGGGAAGCGCAGGGCGAGCAGGGAGAGUCCGAGGACCGGAGGAAAGGAGGGACGAAGAAGAAAGCAGCGACCAGAAAAACGGCUCCGAAGAGAUCGGCGGCAGCCAAGCCCGCUGCCCGGAAUCGUGCCAAGAGUCCCACCAAGCGCACGACGACCAAGGCCAAAAAAGCGCCCAAGCGUCCCGCUGCUUCCCGGACUGCCGGGCGUGGCCACCGGGCUGUCAAACGGAAAUAG